UUGGAUACCACCUAAUUCUCAGAUCUCCGGCCAAAACAUGCAUAAACUACGAAAAACAAAAUUAAUUAUUGAAUUUGUGACGGAUUUUCAGAGGCAAAUCCCGCGCGUAAUCGGAUUUUCCCACGCAGCCCACGUUUUGAAGCAGAACGGAUGUUCUGAAAUCUGAAAGCAGGAAAGAAAUGAAAUGGGACUGGAUUUAAAUCUUUGAGCUUUUCCAGUGUUCAAAUUUGGGGUUCUGUAAGUAAUGCUAUGGCGGGGCUCUAAAGGCCUACAGUUGAGGGGCAGGCCACAGAGGAGUGCAUGUAUUCCCGGUUGACCCAGGUUCGAUUCUCGUCACUCCACUCACCGGAUUCGGCGAAGUACAUCACGCAUGCUGGGGUUUUUUUAACUUGUCGGCCAGAAUCAGACUUUACUUGAAACUAUAGAAAGGAGAUUUUGAGAAGAGAAAACUGAAGUUACCUUUGGUAAAAUAAAUCUACAGGAAGAGUUUCUUUUGUUUACGGCUUGGAGCUUGCUUCUGGAAGGUGGAACUUUCCUCGCAAAUCUUGAUAAAACAUUGGUCAAGUCAAACUUGUAUCUCUGUGAAGGAUAGAUUUAGCAAUUUUCGUUUUUAAGGAUCUCAGCGCUUUUUAGAUGGUAGCUUUUCUAGUGUUCGUUAGAUUUUCUGGCGUUAAUUUUGACAUAAAAAAUUUCGUCUUUGUGAAAAUCUCAGCUCUUUGGGAAGGCCGCCACAGAGUCAACACGGAGUAUAGUGGUGGAAUUAUAUAUGAGGAAGUGCCGAUUGGUCUCUGCUAGUGCCUUGUUCGUGAGAAAAUGAACUUUAGAGCAUUUAAAAAUGCAGGGCCAUGAGCGUCUGUUAGCAACACCAAGGAUCAAUAGAAGCAUCCGGAAAUGGCGGCAGAAUCGAAGCAGUACCAUAGCAAUAGUGGCAAUAGCUCUAGCCUUGGCAACGUUCACAUGGCUUUCUGUAGUUUUUUCUCCAGCACGGUCUCAUUUGCAAGAGUGGCAGGGUAGCCCCUUGGCCUUUCCUUGGGAGCCCUUCGGACAUGACGAAGAAGAAGAAGCGCAGGACCAAGACUCUGGUUCUAUGGCUAUAACGGGCAAUAUGACCGGGGCAUUUAUGCACUCAACCGAUAGAUCGAAGAGGUCAUUUAAGGCCGGGAACCUGAGCUUAGACCAAGUUGUAUUUGGCAUAGGUGGAUCGGCCCAGUAUUGGGACAAGCGCAAGGAAUUCGUAAAGCUAUGGUUCGAACCUCAGCGAAUGCGUGGGUUUGUUUGGCUGGAGGAACCUGUUAAACCCGAUCCCUUGGAUGCCUUACCGCCGGUCAAAUUGUCCGACGAUAUAUCUCGUUUUGCUUAUACAAACCCCAAGGGCCAUCCUUCUGGUGUUCGUAUUGCCAGAGUUGUACAGGAGACCUUCAGGCUAGGGUUGCAGAAUGUCCAUUGGUUUGUUUUGGGGGAUGAUGAUACUGUCUUCAACGUGCAUAAUUUAAUUAGGGUUUUGAGUAAAUAUGACCCCUCUGAGAUGCACUAUAUAGGGAGCCCUUCGGAAAGCCACUCGGCAAAUGCUUAUUUCAGUCAGAAUAUGGCGUUUGGGGGCGGUGGCAUUGCCAUCAGUUAUCCGCUGGCUGAGGUUUUGAGUAACAUGGAGGAUGCUUGUUUAGAGCGAUAUGCAGAGUUGUAUGGCAGUGAUGAUAGGCUGCAUGCUUGUAUUUCUGAGCUUGGGAUUCCCCUUACCAGGGAGCCUGGAUUCCAUCAGUGGGAUGUUCGAGGCAAUGCAUUUGGACUUUUGGCCGGUCACCCUGUUGCACCGUUUGUUUCUAUGCAUCACUUGGAAGCUGUUGAUCCUGUCUUCCCUCAGCAUAAUUCAUUGGAUGGACUUAAACUUCUUGUCAAAGCCAUGAAGACUGAGCCCACCAGCUUUCUGCAGCGUUCAAUUUGCUAUGACCACAAGAGGCGAUUAUCCUUUUCUGUAUCAAAUGGCUAUGUUGUCCAGGUUUUUCCAAAGAUAAUUCUUCCUCGUGAGCUCGACCGUGUUGAACGCACAUUCAAGGCCUGGAACAGAAGGGACAGGGCUGAUGAUUUCGACAUUGAUACAAGAGCUCCGUACAAAUCAAUUUGCAGUAAGCCAUUCCUGUUUUUCCUGAAAGAUGUACACAAUGUAGGAGGAAGCAAAAUUGUAAGCUACUACAAGCGAGAUAAUGUAUCCAAUAAUCUGAAUAGAAGGGCAUUUUGUCUGUCCUCGGCUCUUCCUGUUCAUGAAACUCAGGAAAUUGAAGUUGUGAGCAGGCCCAUGCCUAGUCAAUGGCAUCUGUUGCCAAGAAGGCAGUGCUGUAAAUUGAAAGAGACAAAGAACAAAGUGCUGGGACUAACAGUCGGGCCCUGUGCGCAAGGAAAAAGUCGAUAUAUUUUGUAAGUUUGAGUCAAUAUGACAUGGGCUCAAAUUUUAAACAGGUCCAGAUAGAAUCAGCUUGUCUUUUGAAGGCAACGCAUUUUAUGCACCUCAAAGUUAUUUGCCAAAUUCCAUCUGCACUUUCAAUUAGUAAAAAUGCCUGGUAAAUUGGAGUUUUUUCUUCUGUUCUACCUGAAGAUUUCUUAGGAAUCUUUCAUUGGAGGAGAAGAAGAGCUUGAUGGCAAGCAGUCUCUUGGUAAAAUGACAAGUUUGUGGGGUAUUUUUCAGCAUCGUAAUCUCCAAUCUUUACAACUAAGAGUGUCUUAUGAGUGUAUUCUUUAUGCUGCUGGCAGUUUGUUCGGACUCCCUGCAAGGCUUUUUUUAAAAAGCUCGAGAUCAUUAAUUUGUGUUUGUAACAUAUUCUUUGCUUCCCUUGUUUGUUUGGGAAGUGCUCAUGAUAUUACCAACAUUUAGAUGGCCAUCACAUCGAAAACAUAAUUGUGGUCAAAAUUGGUAUAUGGAGAGAAUUUCAUUUUUGGUCUUACUGUCAUAAUCAUUAGGGAUAUCCUGUUGUGCAAUAAAGAAAAUUUUGAAAUUUUGUAGUUC